UGCCUCGCUUCUUCCCUCACCAAGCCUCAAAAGCUUCUCUCUCUCUAUCGCGUCUACAAUCACUAUCAAACAAAACCAACCUCAUGGCUCCGAAAACGGCAGCAAAAUCCGGCUCCGGGACCCAGAACCCGAAGCCGAACUCGCUCGAGAUCCGAUAUCGGGGCGUCAGGAAGAGGCCUUGGGGUCGCUACGCUGCCGAGAUCAGGGAUCCUGGCAAGAAGACGAGGGUCUGGCUCGGCACGUUCGAUACGGCUGAGGAGGCGGCGCGUGCGUACGACAAGGCGGCGCGGGAGUACCGUGGAGCUAAGGCUAAGACCAACUUCCCAACGCCGGCCGAGCUUCACGCGAGCAGCAACAACCGCGGCAACAAUAACAGCGGCGGCAGACAGAACCAUCAUUCCCCGCCCGCGGCUCAGGCGCGCAGCCCCAGCCAGACCAGCACCGUGGACUCCUCGUCCCCGCCGGCGCAGGCGCCUCCGGCCCUGGACCUCACCCUCGCAGCGCCCCGUUUCGCGGCUGCGGCGGCCAACGCGGGCUACUUCACCGCCGCGAGUGCCUACCACGCGCUCCCCCUCGGGCGUCCCAUCUUUUUCUUCGACGCGUUCGCCAGGACCGACAACGUGGUGACGGCGACGACGACGGGUCUCCAUCGCCCCCUCGCCGCCCGCGAAAUGGGCAAACUUGACAAAAGCGUCAAGGCAGCUGCCUCUCCGUCCGGCGGUUCCCACUCCGGCCUCAGCGAUUCGGACUCCUCCACCGUCGUGGAUUUCGCUCACUCCCCCGCCAAGAAAGGACCGCUCGAUCUCGACCUCAACCUCCCCCCUCCACCGGAGAAAGCCUGAAUCCGCUGCCACCGGAAACUCUCUCCGCCUCCACAUUUUUCCUUCCGUUCUUUAAUUAGAAAAGGAAAAAAAGCCAACCCCUCUUAGAGCGAGAAAGGCAAAGCUCAAAGCUGACAUGUAAUCAUGAGUUUUGCAUUAGCCUAUGUUGUUUAUUAACUGCAGCUUAUGUAUAUAGACGAAACUAGAAAACCCAAAACCACAGCUGUUUUUGUUCUUCCCCAACACAGCGAGAGAUCCCGAUCUGGGUUUUCUCGACGUUGUUUAGUACUCUCCUGGUUGGUGGUGUAUGUUCAAAAAUCCUCAAUGAAAUCAAAAAAGAUUUCCGUUUCUGUAUCAA